GAAUUAGGGUUGUGUGGGUGUGUGGGUGCGUGGGUGUCUGUGUGUGCACGUACUCCCCGAUACGAAUCCCGCCUCUAGACACUUCAUGGCUUAAAAUAGCUGUUGAGGUAUCAGUCCCUCUCCGGCAGCAGGGGCCGCGGGGCUUCGGCAACAGCAGCGGCGGCGGCAAGAGGAGGAGGAGGAGGAGGAGCGAGACAUGGCCGUCUGGCUGGCUCUGCCUGCGAUCUUCCCUCGGAGCUGAGAAAUCACAGGCUGGAAAGAGGUGUCUCCCAACCCCUGCCUCCUUGCAGGAGAGCAGCGGCGGGGCUAGAGAAGCAGCGGCCACCUCCGUCCCCCCGAGACAUGUGUCCCGGCAACUGGCUUUGGGCUUCCAUGACGUUCAUGGCCCGGUUCUCCCGGGGUGGCUCGCGGUCCCCCGGCCGGGCCGGGGGGGCCUCGGAAGAGCCGUCCCCCACGCAGCAUCCCCUCCUGAGUGUCUUCGAGCUGGAGCGCCUCCUCUUCACCGGCAAGACGGCCUGCAACCACGCUGACGAGGUCUGGCCGGGCCUCUACCUCGGAGACCAGGACGUGGCCGCCAACCGGCGGGAGCUGGGCCGUCUGGGCAUCACGCACGUGCUCAGCGCCUCCCACAGUAAGUGGCGUGGGAUCCCCGAGGCCUACGGGGGGCUGGGCAUCCGCUACCUGGGGGUCGAGGCCCACGACUCGCCCGCCUUCGACAUGAGCAUCCACUUCCAGGCCGCGGCCGACUUCAUCCACCGAGCCCUGAGCCAGCCGGGAGGGAAGAUCCUGGUGCACUGCGCCGUCGGCGUGAGUCGCUCUGCCACCCUGGUGCUGGCCUACCUCAUGCUGUACCAUGGCCUCACCCUAGUGGAGGCCAUCAAGACCGUCAAAGACCACCGUGGCAUCAUCCCCAACCGGGGCUUCCUGCGCCAGCUCCUGGCCCUGGACCGCAGGCUGCGGCAGAGCCGGGAGGCGUGAGGGGCCCCCGCGGGCGGCUGGCUCCCCGGCUCCCGGCCCGAGGGUCCGGCGGGGCCGGGGGGAAGAUAGCCGGUAGGCCCGGAGACCCACCCGUCCGCCGGCCCGGGAGAUGAGAGAGCCAGAGGCCGUCCCGCCCGUCCUCCCCGCGGACCCCCGGGGAGCUCCAGGGGCCGGGGAGGAGAGGCCGGCCGAUCGAGGGGGAGGUGGGGAGGCCUGGGGAGUCGGUCCAAGUCUCGGCUCUGCCGCCGAUUUACCGUAGGAGCCUCGACUAGGCCUCUCCUCUCUCCGCGCCUCGGUUUCCUCCUCCGUAAAACAGGAGGGGCCCUCCCUGCCUCCCUCUGGCCCCGGGAAGCUGUGAAGGCGAAUGAGCCGAGGCCUGGAAAGUACCCGGGGGGGCGGUGGAGGGGGGGCGGAGGGAGCCGCACGCGUCGUCGCUCCGCUCGUAGGCCCGCGCGGCGGAUGGGGGCGGGUGGGGCCCUCGGGCGUCCCCCCGAAAUGUAAAUACGGCACGUCGGGUGGUGGGGAUGCGGGCUCGCUGGAAGAAGAAUAAAGAUGCGGAGAGAA